AUGUUGGGACCUUUAAGGCCUUCGCCUCGUGUGUGCGAAGAAAUGUUGGGACCUUUAAGGCCUUCGCCUCGUGUGUGCGAAGAAAUGUUGGGACCUUUAAGGCCUUCGCCUCGUGUGUGCGAAGAAAUGUUGGGACCUUUAAGGCCUUCGCCUCGUGUGUGCGAAGAAAUGUUGGGACCUUUAAGGCCUUCGCCUCGUGUGUGCGAAGAAAUGUUGGGACCUUUAAGGCCUUCGCCUCGUGUGUGCGAAGAAAUGUUGGGACCUUUAAGGCCUUCGCCUCGUGUGUGCGAAGAAAUGUUGGGACCUUUAAGGCCUUCGCCUCGUGUGUGCGAAGAAAUGUUGGGACCUUUAAGGCCUUCGCCUCGUGUGUGCGAAGAAAUGUUGGGACCUUUAAGGCCUUCGCCUCGUGUGUGCGAAGAAAUGUUGGGACCUUUAAGGCCUUCGCCUCGUGUGUGCGAAGAAAUGUUGGGACCUUUAAGGCCUUCGCCUCGUGUGUGCGAAGAAAUGUUGGGACCUUUAAGGCCUUCGCCUCGUGUGUGCGAAGAAAUGUUGGGACCUUUAAGGCCUUCGCCUCGUGUGUGCAAAGAAAUGGCCAAGUGA